AAAAACAUUGGACUUCCAGCAGCUAAAUCCUUCUGAGGAUUCAGAAGCCCACGAAGCUAGGUACAAAAGCAUUCUUUUUCCCUUCAGAAGAUUCCACAGGUUUCAAGUUUAAGCUGUGAAGUGCAAACAACGAUCCAACAUUCAGUGCAGAUCACGCGCUGCGAGAAGAGGAGAUGUGUUUUCUGACCAAGCAUCCAGCUCUUGGGGUGGUAUGUUCUGCUUUCAUAUUCAGCGUGCUCAUUGCUGAAGGACAGCCUGGGGAAGAGCAUGGGCAGGAUGGCAGCUAUGCUCCCAGCCGAGGCUAUCUGAUGGAAGUUUUACGCGUUCUUUCAGCUGACAACACUGAGCUCCACAUGAACCACUCACGAGAACUGGUCAAAAUGUUACUGGAGAGAGCUGAGUGCCCACAGCGGAUUUAUGGCAUGCAAGAGGAUUGUAAUCUGUGCCUUGAACCAGAUGCUUUGUUACUAAUAGCUGGUGGAGAUUUAGAAGACCAUCUCAGUGAGGAAGUAUUUGAGCGAAUUUCUGUUGUUCUCCUCUACUACAUUCUUCAUCAUAACGAUGUCUGUUCUUCAGAACUUGGCUUGAAUAAUAAGGAUUAUAAAUUUUACCUACAGAGUAUGCUCAGUUUAAGACAGGAUGAAGACUGUUACUAUUUUUCACAGAAUGAAACUGAAGAUAUUUUGGCUGCUGUAAGGCAACAUUUUAAAACUUCUGAAACCCAGUGUGUUGAUGUGAGUACACUGGAGAAAAAUGCUGAUAUAAUGGACAGAGAUGGUGCGGAUGAAAACACUCUUCCACGCCUGGCUGCUUUAAUCAUUACUCUGGCUCUCCAAGGAGUCUGUAUGGGGAAAGCAAGUUUGCCCUCCCCAGAAUUCUUUAUAAAAUAUAUUUUCAGUUCUCUAAACAGCAGCACUGAGCUCCAAGUGACAGAACUAGAACAACUACUAAAUGUGCUUACAGCCAAAAAGACCUGCACUGUAAAUGGACAAUUCCACAGUCACAAAAGAAGACGUUAUAGUGUGGCAAUCAGAGACACUGGAACCAGGAAUAUUUCAGUCACAGGAAACCAUACAAGAGGAGGCUAUCUGAAAGGUUAUUUUGAAGAUCAUGAAAAGAACAGAGACUGGGACCAGGUUUGUUUCUCUGCCAAUGAACUUGUGAAGAUAUUUUUUAAAAACAGUUCUUCCUCCAUUUCUAAGGACCACUUCAAGCAAAUCAGUCCAGCUAUCAUUCAGCAACUAUUAAGUUGUUCAUGUCAGCUUGCUGACCACAAGCAGAUAAAGCUUCCACCAACACCUUUGGAAAAAUAUGGUUACAGCACUGUUGCUGUUUUACUUAUUACUAUUGGAUCUAUGUUUGGUACAACCCUCAUUUUAUUUAACUCCUGUCAAGAAAUCUAUACACUCAUUUUACAGCUGUUUGUCGGUUUGGCAGUUGGGACCCUUUCCGGAGAUGCAUUACUACACCUUAUUCCUCAGACUCUUGGUUUACAUAAACAUGAAGCACAAGAGAUAGAGCAUUUCUAUGAGGGGAAAGAAUAUAUUUGGAAACUUUUGGGAAUAAUUGGAGGAAUUCACGGAUUUUUUCUGAUAGAAAAGUGUUUCUUUCUUUUGGUAACACCACAUGGUCAGAGAAGCCCAGAAGAUUCUGAGUCUGCUGAAGUUCCUCCAGAGAGUAAGGUGAUCAGCAAAAAAAGUAGGAAAAUUAGCUUGUUAGCAAUAAUGGUUCUAGUGGGUGACAGUCUUCACAAUUUUGCUGAUGGCUUGGUGAUAGGAGCAGCAUUCUCGUCCUCGACAGAAACAGGUGUGACAACGACUGUCGCUAUUUUAUGCCAUGAAAUUCCUCAUGAAAUGGGAGAUUUUGCUGUGCUACUAAGUACAGGGCUCCCCACGAAGAUUGCAGUAUUGAUGAAUUUUAUAAGUGCGCUAACAGCAUUCUUAGGACUUUAUAUCGGCCUUUCUGUAUCAACCGACCCAUGCAUCCAAAACUGGAUUUUUACUGUUACAGCUGGGAUGUUCUUGUAUUUGUCUUUAGCAGAAAUGCUUCCUGAAAUGACUCACAUUCAGACACAGCGACCCUGGUUGAUGUUUCUCCUACAGAACCUCGGAUUACUAUUAGGCUGGCUUUGCCUCUUACUUUUGGCUGUAUAUGAACAGAAAAUCAAAAUAUAAGUUUCUGUUGGAAGUCUUGAAGUACCACUUAUGACAGUGGAUAGCAUUAUUCAAAAUUUUUUCAUGUCUGUUAUAGUGAUAUAUAAAUUCAGUUGCUGGGAUUUUUAUAUCUGAAGAGUAGAUAACUAUUUCACUUUAUUAACUUAUUGUUCAGAUUUUGUAAUAUUUUUUGUAAACACAAAUGUUUAGAAUUAUGUUUUGUUUGUUACUGAGUUUACCAGAUCCCAUGCUCAAACUCACAGGAGCUUUUGAUUAGUUUUUAUUGAGACUGUUCUAGCUGAAUGCUCUAAGUGAUCUCUGCCAGUCUGAUUGAAGAAAAGAAUAAAACACUUUUAUAUGCAAUAAUUAAAGUGGACUAACCAGAGCUGAAUAAUUUGAAGCAGAAAUGUUUUUGCCUCUUAGUACAAAGAAUAAAUGUAUUUCUAUAAAACUAAAAAGUACAGCAAAACUAAACUGUUAAAUGGCGUACAG